AUGGCUGACAUGGGAGGCCUAACUAGGCGCACGGUAGAUCUGGAUUUCUAUCUACACCGUGUUUUCCGCAAGAAAUCCUUCCGGCCGCUACAACGAGAAGUCAUAAAUGCGGUUGUGGAAGGGCACGAUGUGUUCCUUCAAGCGUCGACGUCCUUCGGUAAAAGUCUUUGUUUUCAACUGCCCGCAGUCAUUAGUACUGGAUUGACGGUAGUGAUUUGUCCCCUCCUUGCGCUCAUGAUGGAUCAAGUCAAUGCUCUCCAAGCAAUUGGCGUCCCGGUCUCCACCAUCAACUCCAAUACCCCGAUGGCAGAGCGGCGUCUGAUUAUGGAUGAUAUGUUGUCCGGUCAUCCCCGCACACGUCUCCUCUAUGUUACCCCAGAACUCUGCCAAACGGACAGUUUUCGCCGCAAUCUACAGACAGUUCAUCGGCAAGGGCAAUUAACCCGUGUUGCAAUCGAUGAAGCCCAUUGCAUCAGCGAAUGGGGCCAUGACUUUCGGCCGGCAUACCAGGAACUAGGAUGGUUCAAAAAAAACCUGGUCGAUCCACCUGUUCCUAUAACCGCUCUCACAGCCACAGCCACGCCCCGAGUACGCUCGGAUAUCAUCAACAUGCUGGGUCUCGACACCACCCAGCUAAGACUGUUCAAUACCCCCUCCGCCCGCCCUAAUAUUCAUUACGAGGUGCGCUACCUACAGUAUAGUUGCGACACCGAUGACCCCGGAGAUCUCCAAAUUGAUAAUUUCAUGAAGUGGCUAAAAGCCAUCAAAUCCCGACGAGAAGCCCGAAUUGGCACCGAAGCAGCCGCGCAGCUUCCCCCAAUGUCGGGUAUAGUCUACGUUGGGCUACGGGCAGCUGCAGAGGAAGUAGCCUACAAACUCUCCACGAUCAGCAGUGUCUCUGCAGUAGCCUAUCACGCAGGGCUCGCACCCCAAGACCGAACACGCAUCCAAGCAAUGUGGACUUCACCACAACCCGUCACCCACAACGACGGAAAACCAGCACCAACAUUCUCCAUAAUCGUCGCAACAAACGCCUUCGGCAUGGGAAUAGACAACCCCCAUGUCCGCUUCGUCGUGCACUGGACACCACCCCGCAGCUUCGAAGGAUUCGUACAAGAAUCAGGCCGAGCAGGUCGCGACAGCCGCGCAGCCGCCUCACUCGUCUAUUACAACUACGAAGAAAGAGACCGGAUUUACGACCGUCUCAGUCGCGACACUGAGAACGUGCGCAAUCGCGGCGUGCAAAAGCAAUACGUUGAUGGGUUGCUCAGAAAUCAAGCAGCUCGAGUGGAAAGUUUCCAGAAGGUUAUUCGGUACUGUGAAACGGUAACUCAGUGCCGGCAUGAUCUCAUUAAGGACCUCUUCGGAGACUUUGAGCUGGAAGAGAUGGGCUCGCAGCAGCCGCCUUCUUCGCAGGCUCAGGCGAGAGAUGGUGGGCAUGCGCCGGCGUCGACGCCGUGUGAUUUUGCUUGCGAUUUUUGUAAGGAAGGACAUGGGGGUUUGGUGAAACGGAAGGCGAAGAUGGGUCUUGAUAUACCCGCGGGCUAUGAAUCGUUCUAG